CCGUUGGUGGUAUAGUGGACCGAGCCUGGGGCCGCAUGGGGUUCCCGCGCGGCCGGGUCCUCUGGCUGCUUCUCCUGCUGGUCGCUGCCUGCGCGGGGAUCCUCUUCGCCCUGUACUCCUCGUCCGUGGAGCCGUUCCCGGAGCCCUGGUCCGGAGCCAGGGACAUCAUGACACCUCGAGAAUUCUUUGGACUCAAGGCACCAAAUUCUGAGACCAGAAAGAGCGGGCCCUGCCCACACUCCCUUUCCAUGGCCAUUAGGCAGCACCGCCACUUCUGGGGCCUGUUUGAUCUCUCCAUUCCAGUGCUGCUGUGGGGCGGCCUUCUCACCCCAGAGCUCUGGGACAGCCUGAGCCGCCACAAAGCCCCUUAUGGCUGGCAGGGGCUCUCCCGCCAAGCCAUCACCUCCACCCUGAGCCUUCUGAACAGCUCCAAGACCGCAGAGCUAUUUGCCCCCUCCAGGGAGCCCCCUGGCAACUGCAUCCGGUGUGCCGUGGUGGGUAACGGAGGCAUUCUGAACGGGUCCCGUCAGGGUCUGGACAUUGAUGCCCAUGACUAUGUGUUCAGACUCAACGGAGCUGUGAUCAAAGGCUUCGAGCGCGAUGUGGGCACCAAGACCUCCUUCUAUGGUUUCACUGUGAACACCAUGAAGAACUCUCUCAUCUCCUACUGGGACCUGGGCUUCACCUCUGUGCCACAAGGACAGGACUUGCGCUAUAUCUUCAUCCCCUCAAGCAUCCGUGAGUACCUGAUGCUGAGAUCAGCCAUUCUGGGUGUGCCUGUCCCUGAGGGCCCUGAUGAAGGAGACAGGCCUCACACCUACUUUGGACCUGAAACCUCUGCCAGUAAAUUCAAGCUUCUUCACCCAGACUUCAUCAGGUACCUGAAGGAGAGAUUUUUGAAAUCAGAGUUGAUUAACAAAGGGUUUGAAGACAUAUACAUGCCUAGUACUGGGGCCCUCAUGCUGCUCACAGCUUUGCACACCUGUGACCAGGUCAGUGCUUAUGGAUUCAUCACACCCAACUACCAGAAAUAUUCUGACCACUACUUCGAAAGAAAGAAGCAGCCACUGAAAUUCUAUGCAAACCACGAUCUGCGCCUGGAAGCUACCCUGUGGGGGAAUCUACACAAGGCACACAUCCUCUGGCUGUACCACCGCUAAUUCCAAACUGAGAUUCCUCUGCUUCUUGCAGAGCGUGGGCCCAGUUCCCUCAAGUGGACAAAGCAUCUUUCUUGACUUUUCAACCUUUGAGAGGGGCUUCAAGUCCUCAACCCUCUCCUUCCCAGUAAAGGGUACUGAGAUGUUGUCAGAGCCCAUUCAAGGCAGGUGGCUCCAUGUUGUCCUUGGCUUCCGCAAGCAACUCCUGAGUCUUGAUAGAUGCCUGCAUGAGGCCACAGGAAAGUGGAUUGAUUGUCGAAGACUCUCACGGUGAGACAGCAAGAAGCAGCCCGCCAUACCUGAGAUAAGCAGCUCAAAGCCAGCAGUACAGACGUUGGAAGGUCCGUGGCCCCAUUCAGGGCCUAUCAGUAACCAAGACCAAGCAGUGCAUACAGGCAAAUGCCUCCCUCCAGCCCACUUCACCUUCCCACUGCAUGUCAUCUCCACACGAAUGCCAAAGAUAUUCAACUCUAGUAACGUGAAACUUCUGCUUCAUGGUGAAGUGGGAGAACAAAAAGCAGAGUGUAAUGUGAAGCUAGCUAACUGCAUAAACGAUGGAUGGGCAUUUUGUCUUUUUUUCUUGUUGCGGGGGAAGAGAGCAUAUAAAACGCAGGAGCUUGGCAUGGAGUUCACAAUCUGAAUGUGAAACAAGGGCUGGGGACACCUCGCUGGAUAUUGAACCCUCACAUCGUGACUUCAAUAAAUACGAACUUCAGCCAGCUGACAGGCAAUUUCAGUUUUAUGGGAUUCAAAAUCAACUUGGGUUACAGUCCUUGACCACGCCCUGCUGGUCACUGGCUUAACCCUAGUGACUUUGGACAAUUUGACAUGCUACACUGUACAAAGCAGAGGGAGACGUCUCCCCAUGGAGAGCUGGCAGACUUCGCAGCAACAUCAACCCACAUAGGCCACUUAUUAGCUUGUCUCUGGUUUCACAAGGCUGAUUCUAUCAGCUCUUAGGAGAGAGAGGAUUCACUGAGACACCAGAGAUAUACUGGAACUUUAGAAAUCCAGAAGCAUCAACAGAAUGGACAUUUGGGGUUUAAAUACUAAAGGAGCUACUUGGAAAGCCACGACAUCCCAGAGAACAGGAAUCAGACAAGUGGGAAACCACGAUACUUCAGUUACUGGCAUUAGGACAAAGACUCCCAACUGGCUUUCCCUUGGUAUCGUCAAAGGGUCCCUCAUCUCUAGGACAGCAGUAUGUUCCUUUGACAGGUGGUGGUCAAUAUAGGAUAUAGGAGGACCCCUGACAUCCCAUUCUACCACUCACACAGUGAUAGAGAAACCCCAACGGUUCCUCAACACACGUUACUUUCCUCCACUCCCAUCAAAUCUGCAGAUGCUAUCAAUGCUUCAUUAAAUCUGAAGUAAAAGCAA